AUGGGCACUCACAAGAAGACGCGCAAGUUUCAGGUCAAGAAAAUCAUCGGCCAGCGAGAUGCUCGGCUCAAGAAAAAUCAAGAGACUGGGAAGACCACCGACUCAAAGCAGAGAAAGGACGACGAUGUGAUAAGAGAAGCGCCUCAGGUGUCUUCCGCGCUAUUCUUCCAAUACAACACCGCACUGGUACCUCCGUACAACGUCCUGGUCGAUACCAACUUUCUCUCCCACACUGUGCAGAAAAAACUCGAACUACUAUCGACCAUGAUGGAUUGUCUCUACGCGAAAUGUAUCCCUAUCAUCACAGAGUGUGUUAUGGCCGAACUCGAGAAAUUAGGACAGAAAUACAGGAUAGCUUUACGGAUCGCAAGAGACGAACGAUGGGAAAGACUCAAGUGUGGCCACAAGGGAACAUACGCCGAUGACUGCAUCGUCGAUAGAGUCAUGAGACAUAAGAUCUACAUCGUGGCUACGAACGAUAGGGAUCUGAAGAGACGGAUCCGCAAAGUGCCCGGUGUUCCCAUCAUGAGUGUGGCUCGUGAUGCACCUGAGAAGUGA